UACCCACAAUCUCCCCAUUGUUCACUGGCAUCAUUGUUGGUCUGACCUCCCAGCUGCUCAGCCAUGGCCCCCAAGAAAGCCAAGAAGAGGACAGCAGAGGGAGCCAACUCCAAUGUGUUCUCCAUGUUUGAGCAGGCUCAGAUCCAGGAAUUUAAAGAGGCAUUCACUAUCAUGGACCAGAACAGAGACGGCUUUAUCGACAAGAAUGACCUGAGAGACACUUUUGCUGCUCUAGGACGUCUCAAUGUGAAACAAGAAGAGAUUGAUGAGAUGCUCAAAGAGGCUCCAGGCCCAAUCAACUUUACCGUCUUCCUCACCAUGUUCGGUGAGAAGCUGAAAGGUGCUGAUCCAGAGGAGACCAUCCUCAACGCGUUUAAAGUCUUUGACCCUGAGGGGAAAGGGGUGCUGAGGAAGGACUAUGUGACACAUAUGCUAACAACGCAAGCAGACCGAUUCACCCCUGAAGAGAUGGAGCAGAUGUUUGCUGCCUUCCCCCCAGAUGUAGCAGGGAACCUGGACUACAAGAACCUGGUUCAUAUCAUUACCCAUGGAGAGGAAAAGGACCAGGAGUAAACCUUUUUGUCAACAUGUUCAUCAAAUAGAAAGUCUGUCUCUUUGCCCGUACAUGACUUGAAACUGGCCCACUGCCCCUUGAAGGAGAAGGACUGUGGUGUAUUUACACAUCUUUAUGUUGGCUGCAUUGUCUCUGUACAGUACUCACUCAAGAGGAUCAAACAUUUCUGCCAGGACCCAAAAAUGCCCAUUUGACAACAUCAACAUAGUGAGCUGUGUUGCUUCAUAUCUGCUUUAUCCACAGUAUGUUCCCACGUUUGUACCUGAGACUUAUUAAAUUAGUCCGCCUCAUCAUUUUA